CAAUUUAGGUUUUUUCUAUCUAAUACUAACAACCAUGAAAGUCUUCGUAGUAGUUGCCGCCAUCUUGGCAUGCACCCAAGCCACCAUGUACCCAAACGAAAACAAAUGGGACAUGAGUCAAAAUGUCCACGAAAUGUCCAUGUGGAACAAAAAACCCUGGGUGAUGAUGAACCACGAACAAAUGCCAAUGUGGCAGCAAUGGAACCAUCAUGAACAAGUGCCAAUGUCGCAGCAAUGGAACAUGCAACAAGAAAUGCCAAUCUGGCAACAAUGGGUGCAAAUGAAACAACCAAUGUGGCAACAAUGGGUGCAAAUGAAACAACCAAUGUGGCAACCAUGGGUGCAAAUGGAACAAAACAUGUGGCAACACAUGCAAUUAAACAAACAAGAACAAGUGCCAAUGUGGCAACAAUUGAACAACCAAGAACAAAUGCCAAUGUGGCAACACUGGAACCAGCAACAAUUGCCAAUCUGGCAACAAAGGAACCAACAACAAUUGCCAAUGUGGCAACAAUGGAACCAGCAACAAUUGCCAAUCUGGCAACAAUGGAACCAACAAUUGCCAAUGUGGCAACAAUUAAAUCAGCAACAAUUGCCGAUCUGGCAACAAUGGAAACAACAAAAAUGGGGCCAACAAGAACAAUUGCCAAUAUGGCAACAAUUGAACCAUCAACAAUUGCCAAUCUGGCAACAAUGGAACCAACAACAAUUACCAAUCUGGCAACAAAACCAACUGACAUACUAAUUUUAAUGUUAUGAUACUAUGAAUACAACUUGUCUAGCACUAUUUAAUCGUUUUUUUUUAUUUUAAAUUAUAAUUGUAUACCUACCUAAUAAAAAUAAACAAUAAUUUAAAUAG